AUGGGGAGGAGGAAGGUGGAGAUGAAGCGAAUCGAAGAUAAGAGCAGCCGCCAAGUCACCUUUUCGAAACGGCGCUCAGGCUUGAUCAAGAAGGCUCGUCAACUCUCCGUUCUCUGCGACGUGGAGAUCGCUCUCGUUAUCUUCUCCAGCGGCGGCAAGCUCUACGAGUUCUCUAGCUCCGAGAGUUUGGCCAGGAUUCUUGAACGCUAUCAUAGACACUGUGAACUGGAAUCCGAGGCUUCAAAAAAUGUUAAUGAAGCACUCCGUUCUUAUACAGAGCUACUGCAUAUAGUUCAAAGCCAACUGGAAGAACCGACUGUUGAGCAGCUGAGCGUAAUGGAGAAACAACUUGAUACUGCACUUUUGGAAACAAGAGCUAGAAAGACACAGUUGAUGAUGGAGUCCAUAAUGACCCUCCAAGAAAAGGAAAAGUUGCUGAAAGCAGAAAAUGAACUUUUAGAAACAGAGAUUGCAGCAAUGGACAAGAAUGAAGACAAGAAUGAAGUGGUGAUAGGGUUCAACGAUCCCAAACAUUUGGGUCAUCUAUCCCAGCUGCAAACCCUUAGUCUGCUUCGAUAAGACAGUAAUAGGUUAGUUAGCCUAUUUUUAUGUGCUUGGUCAAACGGUGCGGUGCGGUGGGGGUGGAGCGACUGCCACUCAGCCCUGUGUCACCUUUUAAGCACCAGCCACCACGCACCAGGUAACCAACUAAAAGCAUGCAGAGAUUAUUAGGUCACACCGUAAAUAAGCUUGUUUUAUUCUGAAGUAUUUCUUUCCCCUAUCCUCCUGCGCAUUGCCAACCGGCUGUCGUUUGUAGUAAGUCUCUGGGAACCUCUCAAAGAUGUUUCUUUCUAAGACUUUGCUCACAUGUCCGUCACUUGUGCGGCUAAACCUGUGUUGUCAGGGUGAGUCCAUUAUUAGAUUCUUCUUCCCUUUCCAAUCCCAUGUCUCUCUCUCUCUCUCUCUGGUUUUUCUUCUUACUUUGUGAUGAAUGAUACUCAAAUUCGACUGUUUAUUAAUGUAGUUAAAACUAAAUAGUUGGAACCGGUGCAAUGAAACAUGCUACCACUAAUAGGACAAGAUCAGAUGUAUUUUUGUUUGCUCCUCCACACCCUCGACAAUCUUUGGAACCCGUAAGAGUUUAGACGUGGGGAAACAGGGAUAGGGAAGGUAAUUUGAUUCAAAUCCAUGAAUUUUGAUUAGAUUCGAUUUUGUAGAGUUAAUUUUUUAUUUUUUAAAUUAGAUAAUUGAUCUGAUCGGAUCGAGUGGUAAAAAAAAAAAUUGA